GUCCCAGCGCAGAGGCUGUGCGCAUGCGCGUUGCGCCACCGACCCGGAGACCCCCCGAGCUCCCGCACCGUUCGAGCGUUAGCGAAAACAAAAACACGGCUCAAACCUCCCGACAGAAGUGGGGCCCGCCUGCCGAACCCCUGCUGACGCGCCGCGGAACAUCGGCGGCGAACGCGGCUAGUGACAGCGGGAAGGGCGGCCUGUCUGUCCGCGUGCACACGGUAAAACAAAGCGUCGUGGCUCCUCUUAAAACGAGGGUUUUGUUAACGAAGUUCUGAAUGAGAGACUCAGGCCUUGAUGACGAGGUUUGGAUGAGGACACCAUGACAUCGCUCAGCUGGGCCGGGCUGCGCGUCCCCUCAGUCCUGGUCCUGAUCCUGAUCCUGGUCCUGGUCCUGGUCCAGACCACCUCUGUCUCGGCUGCCCGCUCGGACCGGAGCAUGGCGCCGUCAGAGGAGUACGUCAGCGCCACGGUCAACGCCACGGUGCAGGACGCCAGAGGACACGUGGUCCACGUGAUGAGCAGCGAGGACGUGACGUACGGGCAGAACUCUCCCAAGGUGGACGCCAGGGGCGUGGUGGUUAGACCGGCGCCGCAUCACGGAGUGAUGGACAAGCAGGGCUGCGACCCCCGCACCCGCUUCCUGGCCCCUCCCCGUGGCGUCCAGUGGGUGGCGCUGCUGCAGAGAGGAAACUGCACCUUCAAGGAAAAGAUCCUGAAGGCCGCCACCUUUAACGCCUCUGCCGUGCUCAUCUACAACAACUCCACCAACAAGACGGUCAAGAUGGGCCACGAAGGGACGGGCGACACGGUGGCAGUCAUGAUAACUGAAGGCUACGGCAAGGAGAUCCUGGCCAACCUGGAGCGGAACCUGACGGUGGUGGUCACCGUUCUGGUGGGUCAGCGUAGUCCCACCAAGAACAUCAACCGAGGUUCGCUGGUCUUCGUUUCCAUCUCCUUCAUCGUCCUCAUGAUCAUCUCUUCAGCCUGGCUCAUCUUCUACUUCAUCCAGAAGAUCCGCUACAGUGGCGCCCGCGACCGCAGCCAGCGUCGUCUUGGUGACGCGGCCAAGAAAGCGAUGGGCAAGUUGACCACAAAGACGGUGAAGAAAGGAGACAAGGAGACGGACCCCGAAUACAACCACUGUGCCGUGUGCAUCGAAGCGUACCAGCUCAACGACGUGGUGCGCAUCCUUCCCUGCAAGCACGUCUUCCACAAGGUGUGCGUGGACCCCUGGCUCAACGAGCACUGCACGUGUCCCAUGUGCAAGCUCAACAUCCUGAAGGCGCUCGGCAUCACGACCAGCGUGCCCUGCGUGGACAGCGUGGUUCUGGACGUGCAGCGUCUGGGCGUCGCACAGGCUUCCGGGAGCCAGAGGGCGCCGCUGAACGACAGGCGCCAGCCCGCUAUCAGCGUGGAGCCGCUGAGCCCGCCGCACCCCGAGGCCCCGCCCAGGACCCCAGCGAAUAUCGCCAUCGCUGUGACGAGCGGUCACUACAUCAGUUCCACGCCUCCUCGCAGCGUCAUCUGUGACGUGGAGCUUCCGGACCUCCAGGCCUCGCUCGACCGCUACGACGACAAGUCAUGAAGGUUGUCGCCAUAGCAACAGCACCCCUGUGUCACACUUCUACACACACAUACAUACACACACACACACCAUGUGACUAGUAUAAAGACAAAACUCGAAUGGAGGAAGCAAGUGUGUUCCAUCUCUGGAUCUGGUCUCCCUGGACUUGUGGACUCUCCACCAGUUCCUUGCAAGGUCUUCCGCUCCUGGUGGUGUUCCUGAAGGUCUGAGAGAGGGUUUUUUUCACCUUAAGAAAAUGUUGGAAUUCCAAAAUAGUCUCUUGCAAAAGUUCCCUGGACUUUUUAGCAGGUACUAAAAGGGCUCUUCAAAAGACUUCUUUGGAUCCAUAAAUGCUUCCUGAGGUUUGUUCCUCGAGUGCCUAAAAGUUCUUAGAAGACCUGGUGGACCUGAAUGAAGCUGGAUCAGAACCAAAGAAUCAGUGUGUGCUUCGUCAGCGGGUGGUUACUCCUAAUCCUGAGACCAGAGCCAGAGGGAGACCGGGACCCAGACCCUUCCGUGGAGACUUUGGAGCAAAGAUUUAAUGGAACAGUCCCUCACCCGCGCCUGUGGUUUGUUGCUAUGGUAACACAUACACUUCCCUCAUUGACCAGCGUGUGGCAUCCCAACCUAACCAAACAUUGCAAGUCGCGCUAACCACAUAUGGCUCACAGUUAGCCUAGCUGAGCACAAUAACACAGCUUCGUCCUGCUAACCUAGCUUAGCAUAGCAUAGUGACAGAUACCGUAUUUCCUUGAAUAGCCGCCGGGGCCGGAAGCAUGCAUUUCGCUGCUUCUCAUACGAGAUUGCAAUGCAUACUUGGUCAACAGCCAUACUUUUUACACUGAUGGUUGUGAUAUGAACAACUUUUAACACUCUUACUAAUAUGCGCCACACUCUGUGAACCCACACCAAACACAUUUCUGGAGAACCUUUGGCUCUGUAACACAUUAUAAACGCAACAUAACACUUACCUAGAAUGCCAUGCAUCUAUGACUCUUGGCUAUAUUAUACAUGCGCCCCCCAACCCCUCCCCAUCUCAACCGACGCACAGAGAGGGAGCGGGGGGGGAGGUUGCUAGCGGGCUGUAUAAUAUAGCCAAGAGUCAUAGAUGCAUGGCAUUCUGGGUAAGUGUUAUGUUGCGUUUAUAAUGUGUUAUAGAGCCGAUGUUCUCCAGAAAUGUGUUUGGUGUGGGUUCACAGAGUGUGGCGCAUAUUAGUAAGAGUGUUAAAGUUGUUUUAUAUCCCAACCAUCAGUGUGAUCUGUAUGGCUGUGGAACAAGACCCGUGGUUUACACAUAGUAAGAACAAAAAUAAAUUCCUCCGCCAUUUGGAAAGAGACGACGGGGGAAGCGUCACUCGUGACAUCACGAACUUGACCCGUCAGUAAAAGUAAGCAUGCGCUAAUAAAUUUGGGGAGCGAGUGUGACCCGGCAAUAAUUCAAGGCAGGCGCACAUUACGUACAUGCCCGGCGGCAAUUCAAGGAAAUACAGUAACCACAAUAAAACGUAGCUUAGCUGGAAAUAAAGAGAAAACCCAAAAUCAUGUUAGCACCAAGAAAUGAGGGAAGCAGCUAACAGGCUGACAUGCUAACUAACAAGCGCAUUUUGGAAAGACAUCCUCGCAGCUUGCACAGCAUUUGGUGUUUGCGUAAGAAAACCUUUUCAAGUGGAAACUAUCCAAGCUUGUAAAUCCCUUUCAGUCUCCAUUAGAGGAUUUUUUGACACGAGGUGGACUGCUCCUUUAAAGGGUUCCUUUUAGCUCGUAUAAAGGACAUUAUACAAUCUAUAUGCCAAGUAUACUCUAUAAUGUGUGUCGUGUCGCUGGUCUGAUUAUGUCAUUGAUCACUGUGUCUCUUAUCAUAUUAAAAUGUCUUUAAAAGUUG